CUCGCGGCCGCUGCGGGUACACUCGCUGCACGAUGGCGGAGGGAGGCGGACCCGAGUCGGGUAACGCUUCGGGCCCCGACGAGAAGCCGGUGAUCGCACAGACACCAGUACCGUCCACCGAGAGUCAAAAGCAGAGCAUCGGCACACUGCUAAAAACGCCACUUCGAAAGGGAGACGAGUGGUAUUUGAUUGACAGCCGGUGGUUCAAACAGUGGAAGAAAUAUGUGGGCUUUGACAGCUGGGAUUUGUACAAUGUUGGAGAGCACAAUCUGUACCCUGGACUCAUUGACAACUCUGGACUCUUUUCAGAUCACGAGUCUCAGACGUUGAAAGAGCAUCUCAUAGACGAGUUAGACUAUGUUUUAAUGCCUACAGAGGCCUGGAAUAAGCUGGUCAGCUGGUAUGGCUGUCUGGAGGGUCAGAAACCCAUCAUCAGAAAGGUUGUUGAACAUGGAAUGUUUGUGAAGCACUGUAAAGUGGAAGUGUAUUUGCUUGAGUUGAACCUGUGCGAGAAUGACAACAUGGACAAAGUUGUCACCCGCCAUUUCAGCAAAGCAGACACUAUAGAUACUAUUGAAAAGGAGAUGAGGUCUUUAUUCGAUAUCCCAAAUGAAAAGGAAACUCGACUUUGGAAUAAAUAUAUGAGUAACACUUAUGAACAACUUAACAAGCUUGACAGCACCGUACAGGACGCAGGGCUUUUUCAGGGCCAGGUUCUUGUUAUAGAGAAGAAGAAUGAGGAUGGCACAUGGCCCAGACAGACCUGCCAUUCAAAGUCCAGUACUUCCACCUCUCGGAAUUAUACAACCUCCCCAAAACUCGCUUCAAACUCAUCUGCCACCAUAUCCUCCACAAUAACAAAUGGGGAUAGCAAUAGCAACUCUGGCUACAUGUUGAACAACAGUACUUCUGGUAACAGACUGGGAGGUUACAACUCCUACAGCUCCUACAGUUACAGAGAAUCUACCGCUCAGCCAGGCCUCUGCGGUCUGAGCAACCUGGGCAACACCUGCUUCAUGAACUCUGCCCUCCAGUGCCUGAGCAACACUCCCCCUCUAACGGAAUAUUUCUUGGAGGACCGGUACGAAGCUGAGAUCAACCGGGAAAAUCCAUUAGGGAUGCGAGGGGAGAUUGCAGAGGCCUAUGCGGAUCUGGUCAAACAGAUGUGGCUUAGUCGGAGCAGUUAUGUUGCUCCACGCACUUUUAAAACCCAAGUGGGCCGGUUUGCCCCGCAGUUCUCAGGGUACCAGCAACAAGACUCUCAGGAGCUGCUGGCCUUUCUGCUGGACGGCUUACAUGAGGACCUUAACCGUGUUAAGAAGAAGCCUUAUCUGGCCCUGAGAGAUGCUGAGGGGCGCCCUGAUGAGGUUGUAGCCAAGGAAGCAUGGGCGAAUCACCGGUUGCGGAACGAUUCAAUAAUUGUGGACAUCUUCCAUGGCUUGUUCAAAUCUACGCUGGUUUGCCCAGAAUGCUCCAAAGUUUCUGUUACCUUUGACCCCUUCUGCUACCUCACACUGCCCCUGCCCAUGAAAAAGGAUCGCACUAUGGAGGUGUUCCUGGUCCACACUGACCCACAGUUUAGACCCAUGCAAUAUCGUGUAGUAGUUCCCAAAAUGGGUGUAGUGGCAGACCUGUGCAGUGCUUUGGCCAAGCUAUCUGGAGUUCCUUCAGAGAAUAUGGUUGUGGCAGAUGUUUACAAUCACAGAUUCCACAAAAUCUACAGACAGGAUGACGGUCUCAAUCACAUCAUGGAGAAGGAUGACAUUUUUAUUUAUGAGGUGUUAGAGGAAGAUAGUGAUAAGAUGAACCUGCCAGUGUACUUCAGAGAGAGGCAUGCUAAGCACAGCGGAGGCUCUUCGGGCACGAUGCUCUUCGGCCAGCCUCUCCUCAUCACCGUCCCACGCCACAACCUUACUGUAGAUACCCUUUAUGAUUGCGUGCUGGAGAGGAUCGGGCGCUAUGUUAAACGUUCACAGGGUACCAUUACAGACAGUAGAGCAUCUGCCUCGGCCACAUCCUCUAGUAGCAGCCAAUCACCAGAAUGCCUCGCUUCAGUGUCCAGUCACAGCACAGGCCUGAGUGGCUGCAGCAGCCCAGUUUCAGAUGGAGCUUCCUGCAGCGCUGGAUCCAACAGCAGCAACCACUCUGGAACCUGCAAUGGCCCCAAUGGAGUUUAUGAUGGUGAUGAGGAAGCCAUGGAUCACCAGGAGAGUCCAGAACCAGAGAACAGUAAUUCAGACACUGUGGAUGGAGAGGAGGAUUCAGAACCAGAGAAUGGGCCCAAUUGCAGCGGUGGAAAAUCUUUUACUUCUCGACCGAAACUCUUUUCUUUCAGCAUGGUCAACUCCUACGGCACAGCCAACAUUAGUUCUCUCCCAUUUGAUGGCAAUCUCCUAAAGCUCACAACUCACUCUACAGUAGCCAUUGAUUGGGAUUCAGACACAAAGAAAUUGUGCUACGAUGACCAGGAGGCUGAGGCCUAUGACAAACAUGAGAGCAUGCUACAUGCUCAGAAGAAGAAGACUACAGUAGCUUUAAGAGAAUGCAUCGAGCUCUUUACUACAAUGGAGACCCUGGGAGAACACGACCCCUGGUACUGCCCCACGUGUAAGAAACACCAGCAGGCCACAAAGAAGUUUGACCUGUGGUCUCUCCCUCGCAUUUUGGUCGUGCAUCUGAAGCGCUUCUCUUACAACCGCUGCUGGAGAGACAAGCUCGACACUGUUGUAGACUUUCCAAUUAGGGACUUGAACAUGUCAGAGUUUGUUUGUGACCCCAAAGCUGACCCAUACGUCUAUGACCUCAUUGCUGUUUCCAACCACUAUGGAGGAAUGGGCGGAGGCCACUACACGGCAUACGGCAAGAACAAGGUGGAUGGCAAAUGGUAUUACUUUGACGACAGCAGUGUGUCGUCUGCAACUGAGGAUCAGAUUGUGACUAAAGCAGCCUAUGUGCUAUUUUACCAACGCAGAGAUGUGGACACGCCGUCCAAAUCCACCCCCUCCGCAUCACUAGGCGGAGCUCCAGAGACCCCGGAUGACCACAUGGACACCAACUGAGUUUCUUUUAGUCUUUCAAGGACUGGCACUGAAACAAAAACUACAUAAAGAUAAAAUCAUCAAUGCAUCGACACACAUCCCUGGCUACUUCAGUGACUAUUAAAGGCUCACAAACAGGCCCUUUGUUUUUAGCUUUAUUUUAAUUUUUUUUUUCCUUUUUUUUUUAUCAAGAGCCAAAAAAGAAUAUUAAUAAUAAAUAAAGAGAAUUUUAGUUUGAAGCGUGAUAUGAAAGACUUUAUUCUUGGACCUUGAUG